AUGGUAAGGCGGUACCUGGGACACAUGACAGAUCCCAGAAGCCGCCGGACCAAUCACAAAGCGCAAGUGCUUCUCGCUCAUGCACACUGGGCACCCGGCUGUCAUGCCGAGCGCCAUUACAGAAGCCGGGAAGACAGCGUGCGGCUGGAUCGAGGAAUAGGUAAGAUCAAACAAAAACUCUGCGGAAGUAAGAGCGGGUACCUGUCAAAUUCAGGUACCCGCUCCCCACCUCCCCAAAGGUCAGCAGCCAUCUGUACUGUCCGCAGUCUCUGGUCAUCCCUGUACUGUCCGCAGUCUCUGGUCAUCCCUGUGCUGUCCGCAGUCUCUGGUCAUCCCUGUGCUGUCCGCAGUCUCUGGUCAUCCCUG